AUGUCUUCGACCGCCACCACCCUCAAGGGCCAGCCCCUCGACCGCCCCGUGCUCGAUGCCCUGCUGCGUCGCCGCAUGUUCUUCACCCCCUCCUUCGAGAUCUACGGCGGCGUCGGUGGCCUCUUCGACUACGGCCCUCCCGGCUGCGCCCUGCAGGCCAACAUAAUCGAUGUGUGGAGGAAACACUUUAUCCUCGAGGAGGACAUGCUGGAGGUCGACUGCACCGUCCUGACCCCGCACGACGUCCUCAAGACGAGUGGCCACGUCGACAAGUUUGCCGACUGGAUGUGCAAGGACCCCAAGAACGGCGACAUUCUCCGCGCCGACCACUUUGUCGAGGACGUCCUCGAGGCACGCCUCAAGGGUGACAAGGAGGCCCGCGGCCAAAAGGUCGAGGAGGUCGACGACCCCACCAAGAAGAAGAAGCGCAAGCAGAAGACGGAGGCCAUCAAGCUGGAGGAUGCCGUCGUCCAGGAGUACGAGGAGGUUCUGGCCAAGAUUGACAACUACAACGGCGAGGAGCUCGGCGAGCUCAUUAAGAAGUUCGACCUCCGCAACCCCCUCACCGGUGUCCAGCCCUCGCCCCCCGUCUCCUUCAACCUCAUGUUCCAGACCGCCAUCGGCCCCAGCAGCAACCUCCCCGGCUACCUGCGUCCCGAGACGGCCCAGGGCCAGUUCCUGAACUUCGCCAAGCUCCUCGAGUUCAACCAGCAGCAGAUGCCCUUUGCCUCGGCGUCCAUCGGCAAGUCCUACAGGAACGAGAUCUCGCCCCGUGCUGGUCUCCUGCGUGUGCGCGAGUUCCUCAUGGCCGAGAUUGAGCACUUUGUCGACCCCGAGGGCGGCAAGAAGCACCCCAAGUUUUCCGAGGUCGAGAACGUGGAGCUCGCCCUCCUCGCGCGCGACGUCCAGCUCGCCGGCAAGACCGAUAUCAAACAUGCCACCAUUGGCGAGGCUGUCAGGACUGGCAUGGUCGACAAUGAGACUCUCGGCUACUUCAUCGCCCGUAUCGCUCUCUUCCUGAAGAAGAUUGGUGUGGAUAUGUCCAAGGCCACCUCGCAGGAGCAGCGUGAGGCUCUCGCCAAGGAGCUGUCUGAGAAGGGCAGCCUCGAGCUCGAGGUUGCCGGCGUCGCGGACGGCAAGGUUGAGAUCAGCAAGGAUCUCGUGACGAUUGAGUUCCGCAAGAAGGUCGAGAACACGAGGGAGUACACCCCCAACGUCAUCGAGCCCUCUUUCGGUAUCGGCCGUAUCCUCUACUCGCUCAUUGAGCACUCCUACUGGACCCGUGGCAGCGAUGGCGGCGACGAGGCCCGCAGCGUCUUGUCCUUCCCCCCGACGGUCGCGCCUACCAAGGUCCUCAUCGUCCCUCUAUCGGCCAACAAGGCUUUCAAGCCCUUUAUUCAGAAGAUUUCGCAGAAGCUCCGCAAGGUCGGUGUCUCCAGCCGCAUCGACGAUUCGUCGGCGACCAUUGGCAAGCGCUACAGCCGCAACGACGAGCUCGGCACCCCCCUCGGCAUCACGAUCGAUUUCCAGUCUGUGCAGGACUCGACCUACACCCUGCGUGACCGCGACUCGACCAAGCAGGUGCGCGCUGACGAGGAUGCCAUUGUGGCAGCCGUGCUGAGCAUCGUCGAGGGUUCGAAGGAGUGGAAGGACAUUGAGGCCGAGCUGCCGGCGUUUGAGGGCCAGGAGGUUGACGUUGCUGUCCGCUAA